AAAUUGUAAUUUCUCACUGAACAGUUUACUUCUUUUUGUUCAUUUUAUACUAAAUUUUACAAAUAUUUUUAAUAAACGAUGGCUGACUUCACCGGCAAAUACAAGCAGAUAUCAUCUGAUAAUUUUGGUGCCCUUCUCAAGGAAAUGGGGGCGACCGACGAUAUCAUAAACAGAGUGGCGAAUCAAACACAGGAACUGGAGAUCACCAAAAACGGCAAUGUCUUCACGUAUAAGUCGGUCACUCCGGAGCGCACCCAUGAGUUUAGCUUUGAGUUGGGAAAGGAGUUCGACGAGAGUCGCCCCGACGGCAAGACUGUCAAGUCAAUAGUCGUGUCGGAUGGCAAUAAGUGGGUGCAGACAACCAAAGGGGAAAAGGAGCUAAAAGUUGUGCGCGAAUUACAGGGCAAUGAUCUGCGAACCACGGCUACCGUGGGCUCAGUGGUGGCCGUCCGGGUCUACACCAGAGUGUAGGCGCCCACAGAUUUUAGGAC